AUGCGAGAGAAAAAGGCGACGGAAAAGGCGAUUGAUAAACGGUUAACGUUAUUGAGGUUUCUCGCCACGAUCUGUGUGGUUGAGAGUGAUGUUGAUGACAGAGAGGGGUUUGCUAGGCGGUUUACACCCACGAUGUCAAGUAUCUCCAUGAGGGAACCACUCUCGCUUCGUGAUGGAACGGUUGGGAAGAGAUUGAAAUUCUAUUUAAACCCUAAUCUAUGGGUAAUUACUCCCAAAUCUCACCCAAUUUCUCAUCUAGCGACACUGCUAUACUUUUUCUGGAAAUUUUUCAUCACUCUUAAAUCAAUGGCGGAUGGUAUUCGACGAGCGAUGCAAGAUAUUGAUUUGGGGGCUUCUGAAGCACCAGUGGUGAUGCCCAUGGAGAUGGUGCGUCAAGCGGCGGAAGAGAAUCGGUUCAUCAUUGUGGGCCGACCAGUCAUGCCUCGUAAGCAAAACCUAAGGGCAAUUGUAGCUUCCAUGCCUCGGAGUUGGGGACUUGAAGGAAUUGUUCGAGGCAGAAUCACUGAAGGAAGACGCUUUCAGUUCGUCUUCCCGUCGGAGGAAGCAAUGGAAACUGUUUUCAGAAGAGGACCGUGGGCGUAUGCAGAGAGAAUGCUGGUUCUCCAAAGGUGGACACCUCUCAUGGAUAUGGGAAUGAUGGAUUACAUACCAUUCUGGGUCCAAAUCAGAGGCAUACCAUUGCAGUUUAUGAAUCGGGAAGUCAUCCUCUACAUUGCUCGAAUAAUGGGCCAGUAUACUCAGAUGGAGUAUAAUGAGGAAACAGGAGGACGGUUGGAGUUUGUUAGGGUUCGUUUGAACUGGAACAUCAAUCACCCUUUGCAGUUCCAGCGAAAUUUCCAAUUUGUUCCUGGUGAGAAUACCCUGCUAUGCUUCCAAUAUGAGCGGCUUCGUGGCUUCUGUGAAGUAUGUGGUUUCAUCAAGCAUGACACUGGUGCUUGUGUCAUCAACAAUGGAGGUGUUGCGCCAGAUGCAGGGGAUGAUGAUAGUGGUGAUGAUCAAGAUGAUGUUGAACGUGUCCCUAAUCAUGGUGUCAUCAUCGAGGAGAUCAAUGAGGAGGCUACUGGACAGGAGGAUGAGCCUAUUGGACAGGAAGAGGAGGCACCAACAGAUCCAGUCCAGGAAGAGCAGAUAAAAGCUAUGGAGGCUGAAGCAGAUGAUGAAGAACUUUGGAGUGGUCCAUACAAGACAACAAUGUUCUCGGAGGAACACACUGCUGAUGAGAUGUAUUCCAUUGAUCCUUUUGGUCUCCGUGCUGCAGCAGAGCAAGAAAGGGAGGAUUCUGGUAUCGGAAUGAAACGCAAAGUAUGGAUGGAAGAAGCUGAUGGUAACAAAUCAAAGUUCACCAAAAGAGAGAAGGAAGAAAGCAGUGGUACUGGUGGCAGAAGACUUAAUUAG